CGGGGCAGCUGUGGUGCUUCUCCCAGCCGGUGGAGGCUGCUCGGCUUGGCGGGGCGCCGCUUCCUGCUCCGUCUCCUGCCUUCGCCUCUUGCAGCGCGUCCUUGGCACGACGGCGGUGACCGAGCCAGCUGCAAGACCCGGCAGGGAAGCGGCACAGUGAGCCCCAGAAGAGGAGGAGGAGGAGGAGAGGGGUUGGGUUGGGCAGAGCCAGGCGGAGCUGUCGAGCUGCAUUGCACGAAGAGCCGGAACCAGGCUGGCUUCCUCCUCCAGGGACGAACCAAACCUGCCGUACCCCAGAAGAGGCCGGCCUAGCCGCCACCGCCUCCCUCCCUCCCGCCCGCCCGCCCGGCUCCUUCUCCAGCGGCGGCCUCUCCAAGGAGCGCUUUUCUGCUGCCUGAGCUUCCCCGGGGCGGCUGCGGCAGCUGUGGCGGUCUCCUUCUUGCCCUUGGUCCGGGCAUCCUCUCCUUUCUCCCCUCCGAGCGUCUCCGAGACUCUUCGGUGCACUCAUCCCAACUGCCGGGCGCCUUUCCCAGAUAAUUUGGGUAACUCUUUCUUUCAAACAGGGGGGGACAACCCCUGCAGGCAGCGGGUUCUCUCUUUUUGCCGCUUGCCCUCUCUUUGGCGAGGGACUGAAAUCUCCGGCCAGACCUCUUGCUUGACAAGGUUUUCAAAACUGCCUUCUUCUUCUGUUUUUGGCAAGAGGGAGUUUUGUGGCCUUGCCUCUUUGCUUUCCUCCAUGCUCUGAAGUUAUUGUUUUUUUAAAAGCUCAUCCGAGCUGCUGGGGUUUGUUACAGGUCAGGUGAAGCAUGCAGGUGAAGGGCUUCGGGAUGCUGGGUUCCCUCCACGCGUUGCCCUUCCUGGUUGGCAUGGCUGCCCUCCUUGGGCUCUUACCGGUGCUUCACAGCCAUGGAUUGGAACCUCAGUACAUGAUGGCAACUCCGCCAUCUCAGAUCUACCCCAAAGUUGUGCAUGGGGCCGUGGAGGAGGAGAUCACUUCUUCGCCACCCAUCUCUCAAGACAGUCAUCCCGGGACUAAACAUCCCACCAAUAACUCCUUCCCAGGACAUGGCAAAAAGCGAAAGAUUUUUCCUGUCCUGGAUUUUAACUACAACCACGUGCGGAAACCCUUUGAGAUUGCACUGUGGAUCCUGCUGGCGUGCCUCAUGAAACUGGGAUUCCAUGUUAUCCCGACAAUUUCCAGUAUAGUUCCAGAGAGCUGCUUGCUCAUCGUGGUAGGUCUACUCGUUGGGGGGCUUAUCAAGGCCGUAGGAGAGGAACCCCCAAUCCUAGAGUCGGACGUCUUCUUCUUAUUCCUUCUCCCACCCAUAAUCCUGGACGCUGGCUACUUCCUGCCCUUGCGCCAGUUUACUGAGAACAUGGGCACCAUCCUGAUAUUUGCAGUGGUGGGAACACUGUGGAAUGCCUUCUUCGUGGGUGGACUGUUGUAUGCUGUGUGCCAGAUUGAUGCGACUGAAUUGGGCCACAUCGGCCUUUUGGACAACCUGCUUUUUGGUAGCAUCAUCUCAGCUGUGGACCCUGUGGCUGUACUGGCUGUGUUUGAGGAAAUCCACAUCAACGAGCUCUUGCACAUCUUGGUAUUUGGAGAGUCAUUGCUGAAUGAUGCUGUCACUGUGGUUCUCUACCACCUUUUUGAUGAAUAUGCCACCCUUGACAAAAUCACCUUCACGGACAUCAUCUUGGGUUUCCUCAGCUUCUUCGUGGUAUCCCUGGGGGGCGUCUUUGUUGGGGUGGUCUACGGCAUCAUUGCUGCCUUCACUUCCCGCUUCACCUCUCACAUCCGUGUCAUCGAGCCUCUCUUCGUCUUUCUCUACAGUUAUAUGGCGUACCUGUCAGCGGAGGUCUUCCACCUUUCAGGCAUCAUGGCACUCAUUGCUGCUGGGGUGGUUAUGCGCCCUUAUGUGGAGGCCAACAUCUCCCAUAAAUCCCACACCACCAUCAAAUACUUCUUGAAGAUGUGGAGCAGUGUCAGCGAAACCCUCAUUUUCAUCUUUUUGGGUGUCUCCACUGUGGCUGGAAACCACCGCUGGGAAUGGACCUUUGUCAUCAGUACCCUGGUUUUUUGCUUGAUUGCCAGGGUUUUAGGUGUCCUUGGGUUGACCUGGUUCAUUAACAAAUUCCGCAUUGUGAAGUUGACCCCGAAGGAUCAGUUCAUCAUCGCCUAUGGUGGCCUGCGAGGGGCCAUCGCCUUUUCCCUGGGUUACCUCUUAGAGAAGGAACAUUUUGGGAUGAAAGAUAUGUUCCUCACUGCCAUCAUCACAGUCAUCUUCUUUACUGUCUUUGUGCAGGGCAUGACUAUCCAUCCUCUGGUGGACCUUCUAGCAGUGAAAAAGAAGCAUGAAACCAAGCGGUCCAUCAAUGAGGAGAUUCACACACAGUUCCUGGAUCAUCUUUUGACUGGGAUUGAGGAUAUCUGUGGCCACUACGGCCAUCACCACUGGAAGGACAAGCUGAAUCGCUUCAACAAGAAGUAUGUCAAGAAGUGCCUGAUCUCUGGGGAGAGAUCCAAGGAGCCCCAACUGAUUGCCUUCUAUCACAAGAUGGAGAUGAAGCAGGCCAUCGAGCUAGUGGAGAGUGGGGGCAUGGGCAAGAUCCCUUCUGCUGUCUCUACGGUCUCCAUGCAGAACAUCAACCCAAAAGCCUUGCCUGUGGAACGUAUCCUUCCAGCACUCUCUAAAGACAAAGAGGAGGAAAUCCGGAAAAUCUUGCGCACCAAUUUGCAGAAAACCAGGCAGAGGCUACGAUCGUACAACCGGCACACCUUGGUGGCAGACCCUUAUGAAGAAGCAUGGAACCAAAUGUUGCUGAGGAGGCAGAAGGUUCGGCAGCUGGAACAGAAGAUGAACAACUACCUAACAGUCCCGACUCACAAAAUUGAUUCGCCGACUAUGUCAAGGGCACGGAUUGGUUCAGACCCUCUGGCAUAUGACCCCAAGCCAGACUCAGAAAACCUCCCCAUCAUCACUAUUGACCCUGCUUCACCGCAGUCUCCAGAGUCUGUUGACUUGGUGAAUGAGACACUGAAAAGGAUGAGCCACCUCCCACCGUCCCCAGAGGAAGACGAGGACGAGGAAGGGUUGAUGAUGCGGCCCAAGGAGCCUUCCUCACCUGGGACAGAUGACGUGUUCACCCCGGGAGCCAACGACAGCCCCAGCAACCAGCGAAUGAUGCGAUGCCUGAGUGACCCUGGGCCCAGGCCAGACCCUGAGGAAGGGGACCCCUUCAUUCCAAAAGGGCAGUGAGGGCUAGAUGCACUACUAGAUCCAGCCUGUAGGGGGAGCUUCCUGCACAUUCUCAUACAGGCUCUCCCUUUCCUCUGUCCGGUUCUGCUCCCAACCCAACCCCCCCCAACCCCGCUCUUCAUUUUGGAGCCUGCAGUUCUUUGUUGGGAGGUUUGGAACAUGCCUAGCUAGCUGAGCUCUUUUGCUGAGAAAGCAACAGUCAUGGUGGCUGUCAAGAUUCUUUCGCCUGGGGGGAAAAGAGCCAGUGCUCCCCCUUCUGGGUCAGGGCUAUGCUUUGACCAUGGCCUUGUCCCCUCCCAGAGUGCCAAGAGAUGGCUUUCCUUUGGGCACCUGAAACCUCCGUUUGCAUUUCAGAAAACCUCAUUCUUCCCUCCCAGAAGCUGAGGAGAUGCUGGUUCAGUUUGUGUUCAGAGCAGUGUUGCCUAUAGAUGGAUGGCGUAUCAUAUCUGUCAGCUACCCUUUUGCAUUCUCAUGAAAAUGUGUCUGACACUAAAGGGGAAGCUGGUGCCUUGUGGGAUUCUAACAGAUCUCCUGCUGUUCUGCUAAAUGAAACCUCUGAGCCAAAGUUUGAAAGUUGAGGAUUGGAGCACUACUGAUUCAGAGAGAUGUUUUGGGCAUAGGGCAUCUCAACGUUGCCUGGUGCCUCCGUUCCCUACCAAGCCAAAUGUCACUUUUUCUGAAAAUUCGGGUUUUUAGCCUCGGUGAUGAUCAGGGAUGCCCUAAGCUUUAAGGUGUACUGAAGAGAAACCUGAUUUCACCGAGCCAUAGAAAAGUUCAUUUUGCUUUUCAAUGCUUUGUACUUGAUACUCACCUUCAUUUUGUCUUCAUUUGUUCAUUGAGCCAUUUGUUCCCACAAAGGGUGCUCUGGGCAUAGAGGACUGACCUUGCGCCAGAUUCAGAUGAGGCUGUGCUAAGUUGCCUGUCCUCGGCACACCCCCCCCCCCCCCCCCCGGCCCCAACCCCACUCUUAUCUGUAUUCACCCGGCUGUAGUCACAAGCAAACCAUGCACAAGAAACAUUCUCUCUUCUAUUUUGCUUCUGCACGUAUUCCCCCUUCUCUGGAAUUAGUCUACUUUUUCCUGUAGAAUUCUUUUUUCUAUAUACACACUAGAGCAUUUCGUUGACCAAAGAUUUAAUCAGCAGUUGUAUAUAUAGAGUUAAUGGGAUUGGAUGGGUUUUUUGUUGUUUGUUUCUCUUUGUUUUUAAACAGGGUAUAUGUUUCUUAAAAUGGUGAGUUAAAUUAUUCCACAGGGGGCAUUUAAUGUCUGUGAAAAAAAUACAGACACACAAACAACCUGUUCCAUUCUGGGCAGAAAAUUGCUUGUACACAUGCACACAUACCAGAGGAAAAGGCUUUAAUUGUUAUUUUGCUGCUUAGAAAUUAAACGUCUGAUAUGGCAGGAUUGCAGGGCUGACUUUACCUUUAGCAACAGCUUUGGUGGAAAAGACUGGGACCUUGCUGGGAUUCACCCUUCCCACAGACACUCUGGUCUCAGAACAGCACCCUAGCCACUGGCUUCUGACCAGUUGUUCUGCCUGCCUGCUAGACUCUGCUCUCCUGCCGGCCUUGUUUGUCCAUCAUACACUCCUGCACUUGGGCAUUGCCCUUCUGUAUGAGACGCUAGGGUAAUGAUGGUGACCCUAUGACACGUGUGUCAAAAGACACAUGCCAUAACACGUUGGCUGACAUGCCAGCAUUCACUUUGGCUGACAAUUCUUCUCCCUGUUUGAAUUUGAGUCAUUUUUGUAGUUGACAUUUCUUUAUGUGAUACAUAGCAACACACAUCAUUGGACUGUAUUUUUCAAAUGAAUUAAUGUGUAAGGAAUUGUUUCUCUUUUGUUUGGGAUGGUGGUGAUAUGCCAGCAGACCUGUUAGGCAUCUUCCAAAUUUUUGACACACUGAGCCCAAAAGGUUCGCCAUCACUGCACUAAGGUCUCCAGGCUAUUUUCCUUUGCUUUUCAAAGAAAAUCCUCUUUUCCUUCGUCUACCACUCUGUGCAUCUGUAAGUACUGCAUUGUUAUCCUGGCCUAGAAACCUUUUUCUCUCUCCCCACCAAGCUGCAUCUUCAGAUGGAGCACCCUCCCCCACCCACACCCCAGGCUUCUUCAAGAGCCACUAUUCUGUUCCAGAAUGGGCUUUACAAGGAAUAGCAAGGCUUGAGUUUGUGGCAGUUUUGGGAGAGGAGAUGAUAGGCAAAGCUAGGUGGAUAAGUUUCAAAUGCACAUGGUAAAAUGUGGGCAUCUAAUAGGAAACUAGCCUCUUGGAGAGAGUGGAUCUAGCACAGCUUUCUCUUUGACAUCAGUUUUUCUGCUAUGCAUAUCUGUUCCCCCUGGCCUAUGGGAAGAAGCAUGAAUUCAUGCCAUAUCCUCCACCAGCAGUUUGAAGUGAAGCAGCCAUGAACAGUGUUGAGAGCCUGUGUUCUGCAGCCUAUUUAGCCUAGAGGUUACUGGCUGUAUGUGGCGAGGACUCCUUGGUGCUAACGCCUGAAGGGACAGAGAGAGAGAGGCUAGAACGAGAUUAAAUUCUAGGAGGUUGUUUUUUUCUAUACACAUAGAAAGCACUAUCUAAAGCAUUAGCUCUCCUAAAGAGGUUUGAAUCCCUAGUUCAGGGGUGUCCAACUCUGGCACUUCAGAUGUUCAUGGACUACAAUGGAAUUGUAGUCCAUGAACAUUUGAAGCGCUAGAGUUGGACACCUCUGCCCUAGUUCUUUUGAUCCUGGCUUCUACCCUACACUGGAACACACCACAUCUGGGUCUAGUUAUUUUGAAAUGUGCUAUUUUUUUGUUAAGGAAAGGUAUGCGUGCACACGUGUGUAUGUAAGUGGCAAGCGGGAAAGAGGCUGUGUCUGUUUUAAUAUCGGUUCUGCACUUUAGACAACAGUUGAUGACUGUUGUGAGUCCAGAGAUUAGAAAAUCAUUUUGAAGACUGCACUCUCAAUAGAGCUGUUCUGGUGCCUGCUGAAUUUUUGCUGGUAGCCUCCCUCCCCCUGCCCCACUGAAGGGGGCAUGUCCCUCCUCUGCCCCUGUGCGCCGUGCCUUUUUAGCCAUACAGUGUCUGCCUGCGCAAAAUGGUGUUGUGAUUUGCCGCUCUGUACAUCUGGCAACCUCGGGGUCCCUGGCUUGGAAAGGCCAGGCUUAGCCUACCAAUGGCUCUGUGUGUGCCUCUUUAGUCUUUCAUCCAAAUAGUGACUCUCCUCCCUCCCGCCAGCACAUGUGUCCCACCAGUGGGGAAGAGCUGCGAACAGUGCAGGUAAGGCCGGGGAGGAAGUGGCGCUCAUUUUGGGGUGGGUGGGUAUGCCAAUACAACUCUGAGCUGUUUGUGUAAACUUGGGCCUUUCUGUAGCUCUUCUCUUCGGGCAGAGCGGAGGUAGUCUGUAUGCUUUUCAUGUAUAAUGCUCUGUCUCCGGCAGGAGCGGUUAAAGCAAUGAAAAACUAUUGUAUAAAAAUAUGUGUAAAGAGAGUCUUUUUACAUACAAAUUCUAAUAAAUAAAUGUUUUAAUUUUUA